AUGAGAGUUUCAACUAUCGUCCGAGACCGCAACACAAAGCAUGAAGCCAUGCCCGUUGACUUCAGAAUCACGGCGAUAUAUCCAGAGGAUCUCGAAGAAUGGUACCGCAGAGUCCGCCAAAUCACCGAUUCAGUUUCGCAGCACAGUAUGGCGAAAUAUGGCGACGACGAGCACGACGAGCUCGAAUUUGAAUACGACCGGCAGAGCUUUCGGGUUGAGGAGUCUCUUGACAAGGAAGGGCUGGAACAUCUUAAGGGGCAGGUGUGGUUCACUCGGGUUUCGCCAACUCAGACACGCCCAGGGGACGUUGGAAACCCAUCUUGCCGCCGUCGUUGCUGCGCCAGGGAAGACGAAAUGACCAAGAACAAUCAAACGAUAAUGAUUGUAAUACUGGGCGUUCUUCUUCCCGUUAUACUUCUACUCUUGCUUCUUUCUGCUCCUGCCGUUAUGAAAUUGAACUGCUUUGGCGGACCAGAAAACUGA